AGUGACAGAAGGGUUCCAUGGCGCAAAACGGUAGCGUAAGAGGUAGAAGGCAGCCGAACAUACUGGUGACAGGGACACCCGGGACGGGCAAGACAACGACGUCGUCUGCUCUGGCAGAGGCCACCCAGCUCCGCCACAUUUGCGUCGGAGAUUUGGUGAGGGAGAAGAACCUGCACGACGGCUGGGACAACGAGUUCGAGUGUUACCUCAUCAACGAAGACCUCGUUUGCGAUGAGCUUGAGGAUUUGAUGGAAGGAGGAGGGAACCUAGUGGACUACCAUGGUUGUGAUUUCUUUCCCGAGCGAUGGUUUGAUCGAGUUGUUGUGCUUCAGACUGACAACUCUGUGUUGUACGAUCGCUUGAGUAGAAGAGGUUACACAGGGUCGAAGCAUUCAAACAAUAUUGAGUGUGAAAUCUUUCAAGUUUUGCUUCAGGAGGCAAAGGAAAGUUAUCAAGAGGACAUUGUUGUGGCAUUGAAGAGCGAUACUAUUGAAGACAUUACCAGAAAUGUUGAGAGUUUAACAGAUUGGGUGAGGAGUUGGCACCCUGCUUCCUAA